AGGCCUCCCAGCACUGUUCACCCUGCUGCCAAACUCAGAAUCAAGGUUCAGCUUUGGCAACGUUUUCAUUUUUCUUUAGAGUGUGGGACUUUCAUGUUCAGUCCUGACAUCCUUAAGGAUUAAAAAGAAUGAGCGGUAUGGAGGGUCUGAGGGCCAACUCUUCUCAGUUCACUCUGGAGCGAAAACCCUUUCGCAUCCUUGGUGGCUCCAUCCAUUACUUCCGUGUCCCCAGAGCGUACUGGGAGGACCGUCUGCUGAAGAUGAAGGCCUGUGGCCUCAAUACACUCACCACAUAUGUGCCAUGGAAUCUGCAUGAGCCUGAGAGAGGAACAUUCAGAUUUCAGGAUCAGCUGGACCUUAAGGCCUUUGUCACUUUAGCAGCAGACAUGGGUCUGUGGGUGAUCCUGCGUCCUGGACCGUACAUCUGUGCUGAAUGGGAAUUGGGUGGGUUGCCAAGCUGGUUGUUGCAAGAUAAAGGAAUGCAGCUGAGGACAACUUAUCCUGGAUUUGUAAAUGCUGUCGGCCUUUACUUUGACAAGCUUGUAUCAAUUAUCAAACCUCUGAUGUUUGAAGAGGGAGGCCCAGUUAUUGCAGUUCAAGUUGAAAACGAGUAUGGAUCAUAUGCCAAAGAUGACAAAUACAUGCCCUUUAUAAAGAACUGUCUCGAGUCCAGAGGUAUUAAAGAGCUUCUGCUGACCUCAGAUAACUGGGAGGGAUUGAGAUACGGAGGCAUCGAGGGAGUUCUAAAAACGAUAAACCUUCAGAGACUGUCAUUCGGAGCCAUCCACCACUUAGCUGAAAUGCAGCCCCAGAAACCCCUCAUGGUGAUGGAGUACUGGUCUGGUUGGUUUGAUGUUUGGGGAGAGCAUCACCACGUGUUCCAUGCUGAAGACAUGCUAGCUGUUGUGUCAGAGAUCCUGGAGAGAGGAGUCUCCAUUAAUCUUUACAUGUUCCAUGGGGGAACCAGCUUUGGCUUCAUGAAUGGAGCGAUGGACUUAGGUACCUACAAACCCCAAGUCACCAGUUAUGAUUACGAUGCACCACUAUCUGAGGCUGGAGAUUGCACCCCAAAAUAUCAGCUUUUGAGGAAGUUAUUCAGCCAGUACCACUCUGAGCCCCUUCCUGAAGUGCCUUCUCCUCAGGAGAGGAGAGCGUACGACCCCGUCCUCAUCCAGCAGCACUUGUCACUGUGGGACAGCCUGCACUUCACUGACAAGCCAUUCAGGUCAGACAGGCCGGUAAACAUGGAGAAUCUCCCUGUCAACAAUAACAACGGUCAGUCAUAUGGUUACACGCUGUAUGAAACCACCAUCACCUGUGGAGAAACCCUCAACUCUGGGAACAACAUCAGAGACAGAGCACUGGUUUUUGUGGACAGACGAUACGUUGGGACUUUGGACUACAAGACUCAAGAGCUCAUACUCCCCAAAGGACAGGGAGAAAGGACGUUGAGCUUACUUGUGGAGAACUGUGGAAGAGUGAAUUAUGGGAAAGCUCUGGAUGAACAACGCAAAGGUAUCUUGGGAGACAUUCUGUUGAACCACACCCCUCUGAGAGGAUUUAACAUCUUCUGUUUAGACAUGAAACCAGGAUUUAUGAAAAGAAUAAUGAGUUCAGGUAGCUGGAAGUCUGACAUCGAGGUGCCUUCCCUUCCAGGAUUUUUCCUGGCCAGAUUGCAUGUGGAUGGUCCCCCUAAAGACACCUUCAUCAGACUCCCUGGUUGGGGUAAGGGAGCAGUAUUUGUCAAUGGGCAUAACCUUGGGCAUCACUGGUUCAUUGGUCCCCAACAUUUCCUUUAUCUCCCAGGACCUUGGCUCAGAAGAGGAGAGAAUCAGAUGAUUGUUUUUGAAGAACAGAAAGUGGAUGACAAAAUACUGUUUGCUGAAAAUCCUGAGCAUGGAAGGACAAUUGAUGUUUACAAACUCCCCUUUUGCACACUGCUUUGAAAAUAAUACUGAAUGACAUCAACUAACUGAAAAUGAUUUGAAUGCACUGUUAUUUUACUUACCAAAUAUCCUUAACUGAUAUUAUUCUACUGCAGCAUUCAUACUUGCUCAUGAUGUUGUUGCCUUGCACGAGCAAUUCAUUGAACUAUUCAAUAAAGUGUGAUAGAUUUCAGAAUGAACUUUGAUUAGAAGUUACAUUUGAACCUUUGAAAGCAUGACACAAGACCACAAGCUCCUCAUUGGACCAGAGGCUUGUCCCUCACGUCGGCUAAGGACCGGAAUAUUAUUCGUUUUCCUUCACAUUAAAUGGUAGGGGGAAAAAAGUGGACUGGUAA